AUGAAAUAUAAAGUUGAUGAUUCAAAGUUAUUCAAAGAUUAUUAUGAAGGUUGUAUACGCAUUGCAUUUUCAUCGAAUGAUGAUCAAUUAUUGUAUAGUGCAGGAUUACCAGAUUUAAAUUUGCCUGUGUGGUAUAUACUGUCGACAUCAGUGGAUGAACAACACGGUUAUCUAAGUAUUGAUGUCGCUUCAAGAACGCAUAUUCUUGCAACUGGUUUAGUAAAUGGUGAAGUAUGGUUAUAUAAUGUACAGAAUAUGUCUACACCAAUUCAUUGUAUCUCUAUUGGAUCAGGUAAUCAUUCUAUUCGUCUACUUUCAUUCUCAUCCACUUUACGAGCUGAUCUAAAUGACGUAGGCUUUAUUAAUAAUAAUAAUAAUAAUACAUUAUGCAAUUUAUCAACUUCUCAAAUAACCAAUAAAAAUUCUUACAGUACAUCAAUGAAUAGUACUCACCUAACAUGUAGUAAUAGCCAAAUUCGUCAACCUUUAAGCGAAUUAACUAAUACAAUACAACAAAAACAACGGGAAAAACAGAACAGUCUAAAUCACUAA